AUUUUUGCAACGAGAUGUAACCUUCCAUGGUGCGCUAUACUCCUGCUUGUCCCUCUUUGUCCGGUGGCGACGGAAGGCCAUGAUAAUUAUGGCAAAAUUUGCGUUUUUGAAUGAAUUAUAGUUUAAUGGUGGAUCAUCAAGCAUACACCGUGUGAGGACUGGUUUGCUGGCAAUGACACACCAGAGAGUUUCAAUUUAAAGGACAGCAGAGCAAGCAACGGAGAAAGGUCAUAUUAGCUAAUGGCUGCCGAAUCGGGGAGACUACUGGCGGGACAAGGAAAACGAAGCAAAGCUUCACAGAUGAAGAGCCCGGAGAAGAAGAAGGCAAGAAAAUCAACCACUCAGGCGGCGGGGUUCUCCCACCUUACUGAGUUUGCACCACCUCCUACCCCCAUGGUGGACCACCUGGUUGCCUCCAACCCCUUUGACGAUGACUUUGGGCCCCCAUCCCGACCUAGUGGGGCAGGUGGACCAGGUGGUGCUCCGUUUCUUCCUAGCCCAGGCACAGGUGGAGGAGGUGGGUAUGGAGGUGGAGGCAGAUUGGGCGGAGGCAUGGGCUUCAUGGGAGGCCCAGGAGGACCAGGCAGUGGCCAGCCUGGACGGAGGCCACCAUUCGGCCCUCCAUCCAACGCUGGACCUCACCACCAGCUAGGCUUUGGAGGAAUGCCUGGCUUUGGAGCUGGUGGUGGGGGCGGCAGUGGGGGAGGAGGAGGUGGUGGUUUCCCCCCUGGUGCCCCUUCUCAGUUCAAUAUGCCACCAAACUUCAGUCCACCUAUGCACCCUGGGCCAGGAUUCAAUCCCAUGUUGUCUCCGGGGGGUAUGGGAGGUCCCGGAGGAGGGGGGCCACCCCAUCCUCGGUUUGGCAUGCCUCCACAGCAGCAGCAUGGACAGGGUGGACACCCAUUCAACAGCCCACCAUUACCUGGUGGUGGGGGCCCCAGAGGAGCCCCGCAUGGCCCCCUUCCUCCCAUGGGAGGAGGCAUGGGUCCUGGGAUGAACAUGAUGGGUGGCAUGGGUGGUGGUCCCGGAGGCAACAUGGUGGGAGGGUUGCCAGGUAUGCCCCCCCAAGGACAGUUCCCUCCCUCACAGGAUGGUCCCUAUCCUGGCCCCAGUCCACCAGGGCCAGGCAACGAGGAUGGAAAGAACUUUGGUGGAGGAGGGCCACCACCUGGGCCUCAGCAGCAGCAGCAACAACAGCAGCAGCAACAGCUUAACCUAAAUCCCAAUGGCCCCCCUCCUAAUAAUACCACUCCUGGCCCUCCUCCUAACUCUGGCCCACCACAGCCUGGGGGCGGCUUCCCUGGCCACCCUGAUGUCCAGCAGCCCAAUGCCAAUACACCGGGUCAACCUCCCUCAGCACCACCACAGCCUAACCCAAACUCUUCUCCGACUGGUCCCCUGAAUGGAUCAGGCCAGCCCCAGCAUCCACCACCCAAUCAGCUACAGCCCCCCAGCAAUACAAACACCCCGAACUCUAAUAAUUCUACCCAGCAGCAGCCGCAACAAUCCACUCCACCUAACUCUGCCCCUGGCUCCACGCCUUACAAUCAGCAGAACAACACUCCUGGUGCUGGUGGUUCAAUGCCAAACACGGCCCCCAGUUCAGGUCAGAACAACAUGACCAACAACAAUGGAGGCAACACUCCUGGCAGCAACCCCAAUCCCCCCUCUAACUCCACCUCAACCCCAAACACCCAGUCUCCCUUGCCCCCUGGCCCUGCUGCCCCCUCAACCGGCCCUGGUUCUGGCCCAGGAAAACUCGGUGGCCCCGGUAUGGUCUUCCCCUGCGGCCUCUGUAUGGCGGAGGUGCAUGACGACCAGGACGCCAUCCUGUGCGAGGCAUCGUGCCAACGCUGGUUCCACCGUGACUGCACAGGCCUGACAGAGCCAGCGUACGGGCUGCUGACUCGAGAGAGCGCUGCUGUUUGGGCCUGUGACUUCUGCAUCAAGACCAAGGAUAUCCAGGCUGUGUUUGUGCGCCAAGGAUUAGGCCAGCUGGUGGCAGCUAAUGAGAGUUGAGGCGUGGAUGACAAAGGAGCAGCGUGGAGGUGCGACACUGCUGAUUAAUCCAAAGGAGACCCGGGCCGAGACUUCAUCCACACUUCACAGAGAAGGUUUUACCACCGAAAUAGUUGUAAAUAUUAGGACAAAACAUUUGUCUGGAACUACAUCAGUUGUGAACAUGCCGCAGAGUUGACCAAUGAACAAAAUAAUGAGUUGAACUUGUGUCUUGGUUGUAUGGAGUUUUGGUUUUUAUACAGUACAUUUGAGUCAAAAAUUUCUUUUUAUCUCUGCAAUACACAUGAAUUGUGAAAUCAGUGCUUUUGGAUGGUGUUGGCAUAGCAAGUAGUGACAUCAUUUCAUAUCAGAUGUGCAUAGUCCUUUUUUUUUUUUAAAAAAAGGGGGGGGGGUGCAUGUGAACCAAUGCAGUAACUGUCAUCUGUUUAUGUUUAUAUUCUGGCCUUUGUGCUGCAAGGGGCCUUGAAGUAGACCAAAUAACUAAAGAGCGCAAAAUACCCAUUUUUCACAUUUCUGUCAUGGUAUAAGGUGUUUAUGACUAUUCUUCCUUCUCUCUUUCCUUAAUUUUUCUUUAUUCAAUGUCCAAGUUGCCUUUCUUUUCUUGCUCUC